AUGGCUAGAAGGAAGGAUCUCUCGGCCUUUGAAAGAGCUGCCAUAAUCCAGUUUCUUCUUGAAGGAAGCCACAAUGGAAAACAAGCUAGAGGCAAGAUCAAUGCUGCAGUUCAAAAGUGGAGUUGUUGCCGACGAACGAUUAGUCGUAUUUGGGCAGCUGCAAAUAAACAAAGAGCAAGUGGUGAGGUAAUAAGUUCAUUGAGUAAAAAAAAGCUUAGGCCAAGGAGAAAACUGGUUCAUCUUGAUUUAAAUUUGGUUGCUAGCUUAGAAUUGUCAAAGAGAUCUACCAUAAGAAGGCUUGCAUGUGGGAUUAAAUGCAGUAAAAGCACAGUGGGUAGGUGGAUUAAAUUGGGACUGAUCAGACCUCAUUCUAGUGCAAUAAAACCUGAUCUUACUGCUCCAAACAAGUUGCUUAGGCUACGGUUUUCCUUAGAAGCUCUAGAAUAUGACAGGAUUCUUAGGAGUUUAACUUUCUUUCACAUUGAUGAGAAAUGGUUCUACAUCACAAAAAGUAAUCAGCGGUUCUAUUUGACUCCUGAUGAGAUAGACCCUCAUAGGACAUGCAAGAACAAGAAGUUCAUCACCAAGGUGAUGUUCAUGUGUGCUCCAAAAGAAACAGUAAGAACAGGGCAUGGUACUAUGGAGUGGAAACCAAUUCAAAGCAUCACCAAACAAGUAGUGAAAGAUUGCCUAAUAUACCAGUGGCUACUUAAGAUGUAUGACAGUGGGUACUUAAGAAUAAAUGCAGUGGCAGUGUGUAUGUAUGGCAUUGUGGCAGUAGCUUCAGCUGAUGGCUUUGAUAUUCACUUGGUGCAUCAACCACCAAACUCCCCAGAUACAAACAUCAAUGAUCUGGGGUGGUUCAGGGCAAUACAAAGCCUCCAAACUGAAUCAAUGUCUACAAAUGUUGAUGGUCUAGUGAAUGCAGUCAUCAAGUCAUUCAAUGAGUUAAGUCCUAGCACUUUGAAUAAGGUGUUUAUAAGUUUGCAAAGCUGUAUGGUUGAAAUCUUGAAGGUUAAGGGGAGGAAUAGCUACAAGAUCCCUCAUCUAGGGAAGGAUGCUUUAAUUAGACAGGAUAUGCUUCCCUUGAAUUUACAAGUUCCAAGUGAACUUGUUAGGGAGUGUUUAUCCUACUUAAUUGAGAAUGGAGCAUUGUCAUAUGGUGAUACACUAAUGAAUGAGUUGGGAGUGCAAGCAGGAUGCACAGAUGAGGUUGAGAUGAUGGUUCAUCAACUUCAAAUUCAAGGAACAGAAGUUAUGUGA